CCCUGCCUCUUCUCGCUCAACUUCAGAUCCAUAAUAUGCUUCAAUCUCGCUCCUUAAAAGAGCUUUUCUUUUAAUUCCGGAAGCAUGGCUCCCUCUUAAUUAAGGUUAUCCGAAAAAGCUGAUUAAUCAAGGCUGGAGCCACCAAAAUAGGUUGAUAUGUUUAUAUCUAGAAGGACGAAAAUAAUACUGCAGCGUGCUGCUUUUUUCAUGAUGAGAGAUCUAUUGCACUGUUCUCGGUGGCUUUCCAUUGGUUGGAGAAAACUGAUUUUUGCUGGAGCCAUUGUGACUAUGGCUGGUUUUGUCCUUCACAUUUGGCUUCUCUCACAGCCUGUAACAGUUCUUUCACACAGUUCCUUGAAUGGUUCUAUCCAGUUGAGUGAGAGCCUCAAUGUGGCAAGAACUGAACAGUUUCAACACAUUACAGCUACUCCCAUUAGGAAUUCUUCUGUUCAAGUGAUCGAGAAGAUGAGAAAAAGGAGAAGAGGCGAGGAGUUAAAAGUCAUAGCAAGUCCUCCUCUGCCUCCUCCUGCAACACCACCAUCUCGUUUGCAGAGACACAUUUGGACCUUGUCAUCUAGUGAGGCACUUGUGUUUGCUAAAAGGGAGAUUCAGCAUGCUCCAGUCAAUAUUGAAGAUCCUGAACUGUAUGCUCCUGUAUUUCAAAAUGUUUCUGUUUUCAAAAGGAGCUAUGAAUUGAUGGAAAUGAUACUUAAGGUCUACGUUUACCAUGAGGGAAAGAGGCCCAUCUUUCAUCAACCUCAGCUAAAAGGGAUUUAUGCUUCUGAAGGAUGGUUUAUGAAGUUAAUGGAGGCAAACAGUCAUUUUGUCACAAGAGAUCCAGGAAAAGCUCACUUAUUUUAUCUGCCAUAUAGUGUAUACCAGUUAGGGAGGACACUUUAUAAGCCCAAUUCACAUGAUAUAGGAUCACUGGCAAACCAUCUGAGGGACUGGGUGAACUUUAUUGCUGCCAAGUAUCCUUUCUGGAACCGCACUCAUGGGUCAGAUCAUUUUUUUGUUGCUUGCCAUGAUUGGGGUCCUUACACAACAACUUCGCACAAGGAACUAAAAGAAAAUGCCAUAAAAGCUCUAUGUAAUGCUGAUACAUCUGAAGGUAUUUUUAAGGCUGGACAUGAUGUUUCCCUGCCAGAAACCACCAUAAGAACUCCCAGGAGACCUCAUAGGUAUAUUGGGGCGAGAAAUAGAGUAUCUCAGCGUCCAAUCCUUGCCUUCUUCGCUGGAUUUAUGCAUGGUAGGGUCCGACCUAUUCUUCUCAAGUAUUGGAGGAAAGAUGAGGACAUGAAAAUUUAUGGUCGUUUACCUGUUCAUGUCGCUAGAAAUAUGUCUUAUAUUCAACACAUGAAAUCAAGCAAGUAUUGCAUAUGCCCCAUGGGUUUUGAAGUAAAUAGUCCCAGGAUUGUUGAGUCCAUAUAUUAUGAAUGUGUUCCAGUGAUUAUUGCUGAUAAUUUUGUCCUACCUCUCAGUGAAGUACUAGAUUGGAGUGCAUUCUCUAUUGUGGUAGCUGAGAAGGAUAUUCCCAAACUAAAGGAGAUUCUAUUGGCUAUUCCUUUGAGAAAAUAUCUCAGGAUGCAAGCAAAUUUAAAGAUGGUUCAGAAGCAUUUUUUUUGGAACCCUAUACCAGUCAAAUAUGAUUUGUUCCACAUGAUACUGCACUCAAUUUGGGUUAAAAGGUUGAGCCAAAUUCAGGAUGUCCAGUCAUUGUGAAUCUUUUAGGUAUGAUUCCUUUGCGUGUAAUUACUUAAAAACUCCAGCCAGUCAUGUUGAUAACUGAAACAAGUAAAAAGUUAAUGACAGGGCUAAAAUUAGUUCCAGAAGUUAAACAAGCCUAGCAGUUGAGAUUUCGAAGAGAUGCAGCAGAUUUUUUCACCUUGAAGAUAGUUUGAUGUGAAUCCAUUUGGUCUGGACUGUUUGUGAGAAGGGACGAAGAUUUGAUAAACACAGUGAAACCAGAGACUCAUUCAUGAUUCAGGGCAUCCAAGCUAACAGAGCAGCAAGCAUUGAGUCCAUAAAUAGGCAGGUGAUUUUAUGAAUAAUAAUCAUCCUAGUUUAACACUGAUACUAUUUACAGGGAGAGCUAACAAAUACUAAGUUUUUUUUUUUUUUUUUUUUUUUAAUCCUUUAAUAUAUGAGUGUUGUUAAUUAUAUGUCAGAAAGUAACAUGGUGGAUGACUUGAAUUUGUUG